UCACAGUAAAUCCCAUUCACUAGUCCCCCCCCCCAGCAGUCUGAGACAGCACCUGGACGUGUGUGGAUUACUGGGAUACUUGACUAUUCUGUUCUGCACCAGAGGUGAGAUGGUGUUUCAUCUACGUUGUUGAAGUGUUCAUCACAUUCAUUGCAAUGCCGAAAAAUGACACGUGGCAAGAUGGUAACACACUGGACACAAUGGGAGAGAUGGACAGUACUGGAAGCUGUGACAGUGUGGUCAGCUUCAACUCCUGCUUUAGUGAUGAUAGUUUGGAGUUCCUCUCCGCUGAGGAGAAAGCUUGUCUCACGUUCCUAGAGGAGACCAUUCAGUCCCUGGAUACAGGAGAUGACAGCGGCCUGUCCAAUGAUGAGCCCGAUCAAAUACCAGCACGAGGAAAUGUGGCGACCAAAGCGGCCCACCUCUCUGCAUCCUUAGUAUUCAACAAGCCUCCCGGUCGAGAUAUGCCUAAGCGCCAUUUUGAUAGUCGGAUGUCGUCUGACAGCCCAGGGAAAAAUGACAUUCUCAACUAUAUGGUCCCUACUCCAUUUAUUCUAGCCAACAGACCCGCUCCACAAGCUCCUUCAGAGGUCAAUGUAGUUGUGAUACCUCCUCCACGUAAAACCAAAAGCAAGAACGACACAGAGGAAGAAAACCUAAAUAAUCCGUCGAAUGCGUCUCCCAGGGGGCCGCUCUCUUACGAAGGUCUCGUGCAGCUGCGUAAUACCGCGUCCAUACGAAAACCCGAAGAACAGCAACAGGUUCCUGCAAAUAAAGUCAACCCCGUUACCCAAACCCUUCCUCCGCCGUCUAAAGAACAAUCAAGCUCCAAGCCCAUUCCACCUCCCGUUGCACCCAAACCCCAAAUAAAACACCCAAUGAACCCAGAAGGACCUCCAAACUCCAAAAACACGCCUCACACAAGAGCAUUAACUGUGGAUGAUUUAAUGAAUCCAGAGAAAGUGAGACUGGAAGCUCUUUGUAAGUUGGGUCUCCUUAAAGUUGAGUCUAAUACGAGACAGCACGAGACCUCUCAACAACCUCUUCCUCCGUGUGUCGCACCAAAACCAAAGAAACCUCUACACCAGCGUUCUGCGAGCGACAUCACAGAUCCUACACAUCCACAACACAACAACAUGACUUCAGCGGGGAAAGCUGCCACAUUGGAACGAUCCAAUCGGGGGCCUUCAGGUUCUGACAUCACAGAGUUAAAUACAAAGCAAGUGUCCCCUUCUCGUUCCAAAUCUCAACACGUCCAGGGCUUUAGCGUGCCGGUGCACAGCAUUGGAAGGGAUCGAAGAGAGGCGUUACGAAAACUGGGACUGCUGAAAAACUAAAGUUGUAAUGUACAUAAAAUGUAAAGAAGUACGGUGGGCUGCUUUACUCUUGACAUUAUAAUUAUGAUGAAUCAUUAUUAUGUAUUGACUCUAAAUGGUGCCUUUGCCUAACGCUUAAAGGGGUAGAAUAAAAUUCUGUUAUUUAUUUUCCUUCGAGUCGAUCAAAACAUGUUUAUCAGUGCCACACAAUUGAAGAUAUUUUGAGAAAUGUCCAAGUGGUUUUGUGUUUAUACGGAAGUCAAUGUUGAAAUAUCUUCUGUUGCAAGAAGAAAGUCAUGCAGUUUUGGAAUGACAUAAGGGUGAAUAAAUGAAGACUUCUG